UCCUCCAUUUUCACUAAUUGUGUUUGAUUUGUGGGGAAUUCCAACGGUCCACUCCACGAAUUCCAAAACCUAAAUAUUUUCGAAAUCCGAGUCGCUCUCCUCACAGUGUUAAAAACAGUAGUAGUCGGUGGCAUCGCUCAAAUCACAGACAGGGAAUCAUUUUCUCGGUUACCAAACAGAAAAUGGCAAAAAAUGGGACAGAGGUGAUUGAGAUAUCUCCCUCUUCGUCUGAUGAGAGAUAUUCAGAAGAGGAAGAAGAUAAUGGGACUCCGUUGAGACCCGUGUUUUGCGUCAAAAGAAACACCGAUAUCAAACGCAUUGAAGAGAUCGAGGACUGCUUCAUAUUGGACUUCGAUCCCUUUGACUCCAUUGAUAUCUCAAAGCUCUCUGUUAGCAAUAGUCCUGUUGAUAAUGAAGUCUCUGUUGUUGCUGAGAAAGGCCAGGUGGCUUGCAGAGAUUAUCCACAUUCAAGGCAUCUCUGUAUGAAAUUCCCUUUUGAGACAACACCUCAUGAGCAAUACUGCAAGCUGUGUUACUGUUAUGUUUGCGAUUCAUCUGCCCCGUGCAAGUAUUGGAUGCAGCAUGAACAAGCACACUGCCAUGCUUCAGAGAAGGUUGGAGAUUGGAAGUCCCGAAGAAAUUUAAGGAAAAAACUACCAGCUGUUUGGGAUUGAAGAAGUUUUUCUUUCUUUGUGCUUUACUGUAGUUAAUGGGUUUCUGACUUCUGGUAUAGUGGUACAUGACAAAAGAAAAAGUAAAUUGUUUUGCUUUAAUGCUGUCAAAUUAAUGCUUAGAAUUUGAUAUGUGGGUUCUUUAGAUAUGUUUCUACUGCAGGAAACCUUUUUCAUUUAAAGAGGCAUAUGUGCUAUUAUUCCAUCAUUUUGGGUUGUUUUAUAUAUGAAUAUAUAUACAUGCUAUGAUAUAUGUAAAGGAUGGUGAGAGACUGAGAGUUGGGUGUAAAAUGUUUGAAAUUCUAUUAGUUAAGGAACUGGAGUCUGAUUCCUGGUCUUUUGCAGAAGCUGAAAGCAAGGAUUUGUGUACCCUUCCCCAAAAAAUUGUCAGCAUUCAAACCCCUUGCACAUGUUGGAAGAGUUCAUAAGUUUUUUGGAGAUGAGUGGAUGAAAUUGAUUUACUUCCAGUACUUAAAAAAAGAAAAGAAAAAAGGAAUUGAAUUCUUGUCCAGAUCAAUGUCUUAUAUUAUUUUAAACAAUGCAGUUCUAAAUUAGAAAAUUUAUUUAAAGUUGUGCCCACUUCCUUUUUAGUGUUAAUUCUGAAUGAAAUGCCUACAUCAAUGUAGGCCUUCAAGCAUGGACUGUAGAGGAGAAAUGUUUGUAUUUUUAAAGAACUGACUAGAUACCCUAAUUUUUACCUCUAAUUUAUAGAACUGGAUGCUAUUAAUGUUUCAGAAGUAAAUUUGACUACCAGUGGAUUAGUAUGUGGGAUUUGAAGGAAACAAUUUUUACAGUUAAUUAUUAUUAUUAUUUUAUUUUUAAAAUGGGCCAAAAGGGAGGAGUAGAGUUUUUUUCCCUUUUGAGUAAGCAAAACUUUCAUAGAGGAGAGAAGAAAAAGAUGAAUCAAGACCACAUUGGUUAAGCUUAUAAAAAAA